AUGGUCUUCCCAUUUGCAAGACUUCCUCUUGAGCUGGCUCUUGAGGUCCUGUACCUUGCGGCGUCUACUGGAUGGAGCGCCAAUGAUCGAUCACAAUCUCGCAUUUAUCACACUGCAACCAGUCUGUGCCUUGUAUCGUCGAACUUUCGCCAAAUAGCCAUGCGCCACCUCCUACACACAGUAAUCCUCAACAGUCAUAAAAAUGUUGUUUUAUUCCUUCGAUCUCUUCGACAACAAAAUUCGUACGCGUCGAAACGCUCUCGUCUUUCCAUUGAUUAUCCCAGACUCAUUCGCCACUUAUGGAUUUCGGAAUGUCUACCACCCCUAAUGGAUUCUCCAGAAGACGAUUUCAUUGAUUAUAGGUCUUUCUACCAUAUCAUUUCCAAAGUCGAUACGCUAGGUUUUAAUUUUGACGCUCUCCAUCUCUUGUAUGAAGCGCUAGGAGACGAACACAAGGCUUAUUUGCGACGUUGGGACUGCAGGCGUGUAACCUUGGGGAUAAACCCUCCGAGAUGGAACGGCUUAGUAUCGACGAGCUCUGGAGCUGCGUUUUUGAGGGAGAUCACACAUCUCACACUUUGGUAUCCGACCUAUGACGGUGUCUCUCGUUUCCCGUGCGGUCAGGUACCUCAAUGGAUCGCUUCAGUGCCUUUUAAGCACAUGCCGAACCUCACUCAUUUUGCCUUCACGCUUGUGAGCACAUCAACCUCACCAUCAACAUCUGUCCUCGUGUAUAAGCUUCCAACAUCUUCAUCUUCUCUGAAAAAAGGAGCCACCCAAUUCCUCGAAUGGGCCUCAUCUUCGGAUCCGUUUGCAUUUGGUUUCGUAUUCCAUCUCGACAUUAACGAGCCGACGACGGGUUCGAUUCCAAAGGAGGAUUGGGAGUUGGCGUACUAUAAAGGUGAAAAUGACAUCUGGAGCGCGGCCAGUUCAUAA